GUCGGAGGCCGGGCGACUGAGAGAUUGGUGUCCUCGAGGGUCCGAAGCGGGAGGUCUGACCGAGCUGGGCUCUAGAGGAACCCGGACCAACGGCCAUGGCUCGGACAGGUCGUGAAAGUUGCCAUUGCAGAGAAAGAGAAACAAACAUUCAGAGUGGCCCCUGUAUGUAACCCCCAGAUGAACUUUGCAGUCUAAUAACAGAACAGGCCAUCAUCAGAAAAUAGAGAUGGCCCCUUCCGACUCCUUUCUUCCAAGGCGUGCCAAAGGGAGCAUGGGCGUGAUGGGAGCAGAAUUCAAAUGAGUUGGACAGCGCUGUGCAGGAGCUGCAAGCAGCCCCGAGAGCCUGGAGAUGGCACCAAAAGUCAAGAAAGGAUUGAAAGACUCCUUUGAUGAUGUCCUUGAUGACCUCCUGGGGGAUGAGAUGACACUACCUGAGAAGCCUGUUAAACUAGCUGCACGUGUCAGAGAUAAUACAGGUGUAGCCCAGACGUUCCCUUCUGCAAGGGCUAGAGCAAAGUCCCUCCUGGAAGAUGACGCCUUCAGCACUAUGGCAGGCCUGGAAGGAGCUGAGGCUGAGGUUUCAGACGUCUCAGAAGCGGACCCACAGGCUUUGCUUCAAACCAUGAAGGAUCUGAACGACAUGGAUGCCGAUCUCUUAGGUCUGAAGAAGUCUCGUCCAGCCUCUAGCAAAAGUGCUGCAAAGGGUUCUGGGAAAGAAGAGCUGCCUAGCAACCCCAAACCUGCUGGCAUGUUCACAGCCAGUGAGAAAGGGGACGCCCUUCCCACCAAGAAGCCAUCUCCUUCUCCCAGCAGCCUUGGGCAUCAGUACAGGAAGUUUUCCUUUGAAGACAAAGAAGAUAAUUGGGGCGACGAGGACUUCAUCUUUGGGGCCUAUCAGCCCACCGUGGGCUCCUCCGAGAGCCGGCAGUCCCGCCGGCAGUCAGUCAGUAGGUUCUUAGCAGAAGGUGGCACCGACCUCAAGGCAGAACCGGGCUCCAAGCCAAGCACCCCUGCGGUGUCCAGUCCCACCCAGCCCAGGAAGGGAGGAGCUGACUGGUUGGGCCUCAAGGACGACGACUUGGACCUGCUGCCUCCCUCGCCCACCAGAGAGCCUCGGAGGGGAGGCUCCGCGCUCUCCACACCCUCGGCACCCCAUCCUGCGAGCCGGCACUCUGCCCCAGGCCGGCACUCUGCCCCAGCGGGGCUGCCCUCCUCCUCCUUGGGGGCAAAGCCAGCACCCCACGGUGCAGACUCCCCUGCCAAAGCCAGCCAGCCUUCCCAUCCAGGAGCACCUGAGGACGAGCAGGAGGAUUGGCUGAGCCAUACCUGGUCUCAGAAGAAGUCCCUGGGUCGGAGCAGAGAGGAACACACUGCAAUCUCUAGGGGCCAGAACUUAGUGGGGACAGUGGGCCGACCCCCUUCCAGCAGGUACGGGCUUGGGUUGCCGUCUCUAGUGGACGGAGGACCGGGCAGGGAGCCUCCGACUGAAGGCCUUGAACUUGAACUUAACUCUGGUCCCUAUAACAUGUCCAUUGUCCCUCCUUGGACUGCUGUCAGAUGGUCAGUGCCCAUUCACUGUGCCAAGGUGGGCCCUGGGGUGGGGAAGGGGUUCUGGAAGGCCAGGGGCUCAGACUUGGGAGAAUUCCCAAGACAGGAUCAUGGGAACAGGACAGCCCAGGGGAGGCAGGAAGAGGAACUGCCACCUAGCUUCCUGCAGGGGCCUCGUCUUGUCUUCGUCCAUCCUAACCUGGACCUCUGCCCCCUUCACUUUAACGUUUACUUUCUCAGCCUACCUGUUGCCAGCAUUCAAGGGCUCGAACAAGCAGCUCCUGGAGGGACCUCAGGAACAGCAGCACAAAAGCCACCUGCCGGGCUUGCCACCUCAGGGUCCCCUGUGACUUCGAAUCAGGCCACCUUGGCCCUCCAUGCAGGUGGACCCAAAGAAAGACACAGCCCCUGGAGUCCUUCUCUGGCACUGGUUUGUUUCUGCUUUAUCUGGGGGUUAACUCUGGAGCCUGUGAUGUGUUUCCCGAGCUCCCAGAAACCCACAGGGCUUCCUGUGCCUGUCCAGUCCCUGCUCCCAGAGUCCCUGGCGCAGAGCCUACUACCGGGCACAGAAUACCAGAAGCAGCUGCUGGCUGCUCAGAGGCAGCUUCAAAGUGGCACUGCCGAGCUCCAGGCUGAGCUUCUGCAGAGUCAGGCCCGGCUGGCAGACUUGGAGGCCCAGGUGCGGAAGCUGGAGCUGGAGCGGACCCAGCACAAGCUGCUGCUGGAAAGUUUGCAGCAGCGACACCAGGCCGACCUGGAGCUCAUUGAGAAUGCUCAUAGGAGCCGUAUCAAAGUGCUAGAAACAUCGUACCAGCAACGGGAAGAGCGGCUGCGGAGAGAGAACGAGGAGCUGUCCAGCCAGUACUUAUCGCACUGCCAGGAAGCCGAGCGGGCCCGGGCCGAGCUCACAGCCCAGCACCAGCGGCGCUUGGCGGCCGCCGCGCAGGAGAAGGACCAGGAGAUGGAGCGGCUCCGGGAGCUGCAGCGGGCGUCCAUCGUGGAGAUGCGCAAGGACCACGAGGAGCAGCUGCAACGGCUAAAGCUGCUGAAGGACCGGGAAAUUGAUGCAGUCACCAGCGCUACCUCCCACACGCGGUCCCUGAAUGGCGUCAUCGAGCAGAUGGAGAAGUUCUCCAGCAGCCUGAAUGAGCUGUCGUCCCGCGUGGAGGCCUCGCACCUCACCACCGCCCAGGAGCGGGAGCUGGGGAUCCGGCAGCAGGACGAGCAGCUCCGAGCACUACAGGAGAGGCUGGGCCGGCAGCAGCGGGACACAGAGGAAGAGCGGAGCCGACUCCAGGAGGUCAUCGGGAAGAUGGAGGCCCGCCUGAACGAACAGAGCCGGCUGCUGGAGCAGGAACGCUGGCGGGUGAGCGCUGAGCAGUCCAAGGUGGAGUCCACACAGCGCGCGCUGGAGGAGCAGAGGAAAGUCGUGGCCCAGCAGAUGGCCAUGGAGCGGGAGGAGCUGGAAAGGGCCAAGAGUGCCUUGCUGGAGGAGCAGAAGUCCGUCAUGCUCAAGUGUGGGGAGGAGCAGCGACGCCUGGCGGCCGAAUGGGCGGAGUUCUCGACGCAGCAGAAGCUGAGUAAGGAGCGCGCCGAGCGAGAAGCCGAGCGGGCACUGCAGGUGGACACGCAGCGGGAGGGCAUCCUCAUCAGCCUGGCCAAGGAGCAGGCGGAGCUAAAGAUCCGGACGAGCGAGCUUCGGGCCAAGGAGGACCAGCUGGCGGCUGAGAGGGAGGCCCUGGAGCGGGAGCGGCAGGAGCUGCGGCUGGAGAAGGAGAGGAUCAACGCCGCCGCCCUGCGCCUCAGACUCCGGGCGGAAGAGGUGGACAGGCUAAGCCAGGUGGCCUCGGAGAAGUACGAGGAGGGUGAGCGGGCAUUACGUGAGGCCCGGCAGGUGCAGUCGGAGCAGCAGGCCCGGCUACAGCUGGUGCAGGAUCAGCAGGAGCGGCUGAGGCAGCAGGAGCGCCACCUGCACCAAGAGCAUCUGAGUAUGGCCCAGCAGAGGCUGCAGCUGGAUCGUGUCCGACAGGACCUGCCCACCAGCCCCAUGGGGCUGCUCACCAGGGCCCCGGGCCUGGCGGCCGGUGGCAUGAGUGCCAUUGUGACUCCUGGUUCUGCCAAUGCUGCCAAUCCUGGAUGCAGCCAGCCGCCAGCCAGCCUGGGUCCCUCUUUCCUCCACGCCAAGCUGGUGCUGCUGAAACACAUGGCUGAGAAGGACCGAGACUUCUUGGAGAAUGAACAGUUCUUCCUGGAGACCCUGAAGAAAACCUCCUACAACAUGACAUAGCUUGAAGAGCCCUGCUGCCUCCUUAGCAGAAGCCUCAGACUCUGGCUCACCUGUCUGUCCCACCACCCCGCUGGCUGCCCGCUCUGGGGAGGGGGUACCCAGGGAAGGCUCUGCGAUGCCCAGGGCCUGAUCACAACCCUUCCUGUGGACAGGGUGCAAGCGCAUUCUCUCCGAGCGCACCUGCCCAUGGCUGAGGCAGGCACCUGCCCCUGUGCCUCUGGGACUCGAGGUACAAUGGCCUCUGGGGAGGCAGAAUGCCAAGGGCAUCUCCGCCCCAAGACACUGUCAGCCACAGCUCUGGUCCUCCCGCCCCGCAGAAGUCCAGCUCAGACCCGAGUGUCUGCCUGGGCUCUCUUCCCUCGUCGCCGGCAGAUGGCUUGGGGAUCUUUUCGCCUGGGCCUCUUCUGACGCAGAGGGUCUUCUCGAGGGAUCCCACAGGCAGCCUCCUGCCCUCCAGCCUGAGAGCCCGGCAGAGAUAACAUGGUGUCUCCGCCUUAGUGGGGACAUGGAAUCCGGCCACACCUUUUGAAGCCUCCUGGCCAAGGGGGUGGGAGGUGCAGGGGCAGGGAGGGUGCCGUGCCAGCCCGGCUUUACCUCGCAAUCUGACGUGGUCUUGGGACCCAGCCAGCCCUUCGUGCUCUCAGGUGGGCUCGCACAAAGUCCCCGCCUCGUUCCCAGCUGCCUGAGUGACUAACUUGGCAUGGACACUGGCCUCGCUGGCUUCUUCUAAUAGGCUCCCCAGAGGCUGUCUGUACUGUUCACCUGCCACAAAGCCACAGCUGGGUGGGAAUGAAGGUAACAGAGCACAGGGGAACCAUGAGGGACCACAGCCAGGCUGCCCCCACCCCAGGUAGGCACUUUUCCACUUGUGGGUGUUGGGCCAAGGCUGGAUGGAGAGGUGCCAGAAGGAGAGUGGUGGGAGGGUUGCAGAUCCACGACAGAUGAACUCAGCUAAUAAAAUCACGAUUCUAAAGCAGCUUCUCUGCGAGCUGUUCUAUCACCUUCCAUGGGAGGAAAUGUCCGCGCAAGCAGGAAGGCAGAGGGCGGUGCUGUGGGCGCUGAGCAGGCCCAGUUUGUAUCUCUGUCUCAGAACAGCUUUCAAAGGGGUUGUACUUAUUUACCAACAGUUUACAGCCUUCUUCUUGGACCCCUUAAAUUGCUGUGUUCAUAAUGACUGGAUUCUCAUAAUUUGUCAUGGCUCAUCCAUUUGUACUUAUUUCUUAGAAAUAUUUGCUCCGUAGCAGUGUUAUUUGCUGUAAAACUAGCCGGGGUUGGGACUCUCCAGCCUACAAGCUCCAUGCCAGGUGGCUGGACCACAGCCAGGGGAGGGGGACGGUUAUCACCCCUACUUCACAAGUGAAGGGACUGAGUCUCAGGGAGAUUAAGUAAUCUGCCCAAAGUGACACAACAAGUAGCAGAGCCUGGGUUUGAGUUCUGCUUGGGCCGAUUCCAAAACGCCAGGCUCCCAGCCACAUCACUGCUGCUGCCUUCUAGAAGAGCAUGUUCCGGACAGUGCUGUUGUGAAGAAGGUGGA